AUCAACUAGCCUUUCCUUAAUCCGACAAAGAACCAGGCUAGCUCGGCUGAGGAGAGAAGGGAUGCAGAUCUUCGUGAAAACCCUAACUGGGAAGACGAUCACCCUCGAGGUCGAGAGCAGCGACACCAUUGACAAUGUCAAAGCCAAGAUUCAGGACAAGGAAGGCAUUCCACCAGAUCAGCAAAGAUUGAUUUUUGCAGGGAAGCAAUUGGAAGAUGGUAGAACUCUUGCAGACUACAACAUUCAGAAAGAGUCGACACUUCAUUUGGUUCUCAGGCUUCGUGGUGGAAUGAUGAUCAAAGUGAAGACCUUAACUGGGAAAGAAAUUGAGAUUGACAUUGAGCCCACUGAUACAAUUGAUAGGAUAAAGGAACGGGUCGAGGAGAAAGAAGGGAUCCCGCCUGUCCAGCAAAGGCUUAUAUAUGCUGGAAAACAGCUAGCUGAUGACAAGACUGCCAAGGAAUACAAUAUUGAAGGUGGCUCUGUUCUCCACCUUGUGCUUGCUCUGAGGGGUGGCAAGUACUAAUUCCAGUAUGCUGGGGAUGUGUUAUUUGUGACUCUCUUUUUUAAUGAAGGUGUUAUACUGUUAUUUGUGACUUUGGACAUCAAAUGAGGUUGUUUUAGAUAUAUUUUACGAUAUGAUAGUCUCAAUCUAAGUGGCUUUGCUAUUAGGCAUUCUUGUAUCAAUGAAGUCUAUUCCAAAUACAUACUUUAAAUUUCGUGGUAA